UUCCUCCCCCCCCUCCCCUUUCCCCAUCCCUAGCCCCGCCCUUCCGGUGCCUCCCCCCGCUCCCAUUGGCUGGGCGCGGGGCGGGCAAUGGCGACGAUCCGGAGCGUGAAGGGGUUGGUGGCGCUGGUGACCGGCGGGGCCUCGGGGCUGGGCCGGGCCACGGCGGAGCGGUUCGUGGCGCAGGGGGCCCGGGUGCUGCUGCUGGACCUGGGCUCGUCCGAAGGGGCUCAGGUCGCCAAGGAGCUGGGGGAGCGCUGCGCGUUCGCGGCCGCUGAUGUGACAUCGGCCGAGGAGGUGGGAGCUGCCCUGAAGCUGGCCCAGAAGGAGUUUGGGCGCCUGGACCUGGUGGUGAACUGCGCCGGGGUGGGCAUCGCCGUCAAGACCUACAACAGCAAGAAGGACAAGGUGCACGAGCUGGAGGACUUCCAGAGGGUCGUCAAUGUGAACCUGGUGGGGACCUUCAACGUCAUCCGCCUCAGCGCCCAGCUCAUGAGCCAGAACCAGCCCGAUGCUGAUGGCUACCGCGGGCUCAUGGUCAACACGGCCAGCGUGGCCGCCUUCGAGGGGCAGGUGGGUCAGGCAGCUUAUUCAGCCUCCAAGGGUGGCAUCGUGGGCAUGACGCUGCCCAUCGCCCGCGACCUGGCGCCGCUCGGCAUCAGGGUGGUCACCAUUGCUCCAGGGCUCUUUUCCACCCCGUUACUGGCUGGUUUACCCGAAAGGGUUCGGAAUUUCCUGGGACAACAAGUGCCUUUUCCCUCCCGCUUGGGUCACCCCUCGGAAUACGCGCACCUCGUCCAAGCCUUGGCCGAGAACCCCAUGAUCAAUGGGGAGGUGGUGAGGUUGGAUGGAGCCCUCCGCAUGCAGCCAUGAGUUUUGGGGCUCCCCCCCCCCUAAAAUGUGGGGUUGGGGUCGGGGUCGGGGGUAUCCACAGUGGGAUGCUCCCCAUAGCCCCACUGAUGGUUAGAUGCUCCAUGGGGACACUGCAGGAUGGGAAUCCCAUUGGGAUGUGGACUGGGGCACUCCUAUAAGUGGGGACACCCCUCUAUGAGUGGGAUUACCCCAUGGAUUUGGGGACGCCCCCCCCCCAUGGAUUUGGGACCCCCAUGCUGUGAUUUAUGGCUCCACCUCCCCUGAAUGAGGACCAGGGGCACCCAUGGGAGUGGGGGCACCCACAAUGGGGCCCUGUCCGGGUGUGGGACCCCCCCCUUUUUGUGCUAUGGGGCCCCCCCACCCCACGGAGUCCCGGUCCCGCUCCCCGUUGUGCCCCCCCACAAUAAAGCGUGUUCUGCGCUGC